GCCGACACAGGCCGCAUCUAUACAAGCCCCGCUCACCAGUGCUGCUGAUUGGCUCCGCUAUUACGAACGGCCGCCCAGCUGCGAACUCCUAUUGGCUGCGAACGGAGAACGUUACCGCCCACUGAUCACGUAAACGAAGUUAAAAAAGAUGAAGAGUUAGAGGGAGGCAGAUUGCCCUAAGUGUGGUGGAGCGGAUGCUGACCUGAUUCAUUUGCUAUGGUUAUGCCCAAAGGUUAAAGAAUUUUGGGCUAAGGUAUUUUAGACUAUUGGAAAUGAACUCAACUUAGAGAAAUUGUAGCAGGAAAAAGACCGGAAGAAGCGCCACUGGACGCAAAAUAGAAUCCAUUGUCUCGAGCUCCCCCCGCCACGUCUAGCCCUCCCUGCACACCGUUCCCGUUGUUAUGUGUCAGCUGCACGCCAACCUGCACUAUUAAACAAGUUUCUACAGAAGUGUUAGUAAUGGAGGAGCAGUCUCCUUGGGGUGAAGAUAUACUGGAAGAAGAUGAUGAGGAACUGGAAGAUAAUGAGGCAGAGAGCUCUGGAAUAGUGCCCCCCUCUGGAAGGGCAAACAGCUUUUUGACAAAAAGGGGCAUAACCCUUAAAGUACUCCUGAAAGAUGGCCUGAUAGAGCCUGGCCAAGGGGUUCUAUCUAUACUCUAUUUGGGAAGGAAGUUUCUUGGUGAUCUCUUAGUGGAUGGAAAAAUAAUUUGGCAGGAGAGUGGUCAAGCCUUUAACUCUCCCAGUGCAUGGGCUACACACUGCAAACGCCUAGUAAAUCCUGCUAAGAAAUCUGGCUGUGGAUGGGCAUCAGUACGGUAUAAGGGACAAAAAUUAGACCAGUAUAAGACUGCAUGGUUGAAAAAGAAUCAGCUUCAUGGUUCAAUGACUGAAGGAAGCCCUUUAAGCGAAGGGGAGGAAUAUGAUCUUCUUGAGGAAGAGGGAGAUGUGGACCCUAGAUGUGGAAAGAUAUGUAACAUGGAACCAAAUGGUAACAAAAAAGAGCAAGAUCUAAGAUGCACCCAAAUUGAAGGCCGGACACCUGUAAAAUUUUGCACACUAGGCAGUCGGGAUUCAGCAAGAGACUCACAUACCUUGGUUCAGCUUACAUCGUUUAUGACAUUGAACAAGUUCCAGCCUUUUCAUGUGUCCAUUUCAAGCAAUACUCUACUGUUGAUGGAUUUUCACAGCCACUUGACUCGCAGUGAAGUAGUGGGUUACCUUGGUGGGCGCUGGGACACCAACAGCCAAUUGUUAACUGUGCUGCGUGCUUUUCCUUGUCGCUCCCGCCUGAGAGAUACAGAGACUGCUGCAGCAGUAGAAGAAGAGAUCUAUCACAGCCUCUUCCUACGGGGUCUGUCUUUAGUGGGUUGGUAUCAUAGUCAUCCCUUUAGUCCUGCACUGCCAUCCUUGCAGGACAUUGAAUCUCAGAUGGAUUAUCAGCUUAAACUGCAGGGCUCAGACAACAGUUUCCAGCCAUGCUUGGGCUUUAUAUGUGCCCCAUACUUCCUUGGAAACCAUGGAUCCCCGUCAACAAUUUGUCCAUUCUGGGUUAUGCCUCCAGCAGAGCAUCGUCCAAAUGAUUAUGGAAUUCCUAUGGAGGUUGAAGUGACAUAUAUACAGGACAGCUUUCUAACCAAUGACAUCUUGCAUGACAUGGCACUCCUGGUUGAGUUCUAUAAGGGAGGUCCUGACCAGAUUACAUUCCAGGAUAUAUGGAAUGAAGAGAAUACUUUUCUAGACAAAAUAAAGGGAUCGUUGGCUGCCCGUAUUCCUAAGGAUGCUGGAUUUGAGGCCAUUCUAGAACACAUUUAUAGAGUCCUUACUUAGUUGGUUGACUGUCUAUGUCUUUCUUUAAAUAUGUAAUAUUUUUUGUAAAUAUAUCAUGUCUAACAAAUGUAGACUUAGUUACCUACAUUUACUUGAUAAAUAAAAUUAGAUUUAGCUGUU